GGCCCCGGUAUUACUUUUAUAAUCAGAAAAAUUAGUGAGUCCUAUACUAAGAAGUUUCAGUUCCAGCGUGUGCAAGAGCCCUUGAGGCAAGAUAAGAAAUUUGUGAAGUCAGCGACCACCUUAUUCCCCAGGAGAGCUUUUAUCUGUUUAAACCAGAAAAGUACAGCUGAACUUUAGAACUGUGUUCUAUCUUAGAGUCUUUGAACUAGUAUUUCCUCUGCCUAUUAUCUUCAAGUUUCAUCAAAACCACUUCAAAUAUUGUUGAUCAAUUAUUAAUUUAAAAGUGGAGUUUUCCAACUAUGUUAGUAUGACUGUCAUGUCAUAUAUGUGUUUAAUCCCCUUUGCUAAUUUAGCUUUUGUGCAUUAACCUAAAAACUUUGGGGAAAAAUUAAUUUUCUCUUAUUUAGUAUUUUUUUAAAAGUCCAUGAUAUAAAAUCUACGUCUAAGUCGGCAAUAACAGCCUACAUUUUUCCUUAAGACAAAAGAGAUCAUUCAUUUUUUUUUUUUUUUCUUAAUUGACCUUUUUUAGAUAGGAGAUGAAUCCCUGGAUUAGAUGAAAAAUCAUGAAAAUAUUCUGUGGUUUUUAUAAAUCCAGGCCAUUUGUAUUUUCCUUGCCUGUUUCUCUAGAUAAUUAAACAGUGAUGGAUUAGAAUUAGGCUGCAGCAGAGACUGGGGGAAAAAAAUCUCCCGGCAUCCCUUCCUGCAGAAGCAUCCGCUACAGCAGUGAGUGUAGCUGCCACUUUAACUGACAUGUCUUAAAUUCUGCCCUGGAAAGCCCUGGGAUGCUGUCAGCUGCCUCGGCAACUACUUUGCUUGUGCCUGAGAAUUGAGAGUCUCAUUGGAGACCAAGGAAUAAAAUAGAAAUUGAGGAUUUUUGUUGGCUUUAAAAUUGAGGAUUUUCUCUUCUUUUUGUUGGCUUAAAAAAAAAAAAUCUGGUAGAAGAGAGGGAAAGACAUCUUCAUAGUGGGACUGUAUUCAUUCCUCCAAAGUUACAGCUGCUCUAAAUCUAUCUUCUCACUCAGAUAUGGCAACAAGCAGUCUUCACUUUGCAUCAUGUGAUACACAACAGGCACCCAGACAACGCGGAGCAUCUACUGUGAACAGUUCAUCAUCAACCAAGGUGGAUCUCAAGAGUGGCCUCGAAGAAUGUGCUGUGGCAUUGAACUUAUUUCUAAGCAACAAAUUUACAGAUGCCUUAGAAUUGCUUCGCCCCUGGGCUAAGGAGAGUAUGUACCAUGCUCUGGGCUACAGUACCAUUGUGGUGUUGCAGGCUGUCCUGACCUUCGAGCAACAGGACAUCCAAAAUGGCAUUUCUGCCAUGAAGGACGCUUUACAAACCUGCCAAAAAUACAGGAAAAAAUACACAGUUGUAGAAUCUUUCUCAAGUCUUCUUUCUAGAGGAUCCCUGGAGCAACUGAGUGAAGAGGAAAUGCAUGCUGAAAUCUGUUAUGCCGAGUGUCUCCUACAGAAAGCUGCACUCACGUUUGUGCAGGAUGAAAAUAUGAUCAACUUCAUCAAAGGUGGACUCAAAAUUAGAACAAGUUAUCAAAUAUAUAAAGAAUGUCUUUCUAUCCUGCAUGAAAUUCAGAAGAACAAACUUCAGCAGGAAUUCUUCUAUGAGUUUGAAGGGGGUGUCAAGCUUGGCACUGGGGCCUUUAAUUUGAUGCUGUCCCUUUUACCAGCAAGGAUUAUCAGACUACUGGAAUUUAUUGGAUUUUCUGGAAAUAGGGAGUUGGGCCUCCUGCAGUUACGUGAAGGUGCCUCAGGAAAAAGCAUGAGGUCUGCACUGUGCUGCUUAACCAUCUUAGCUUUUCAUACUUACAUCUCCCUAAUACUUGGUACAGGAGAAGUGAAUGUUGCCGAAGCCGAGCGUCUCCUGGCACCCUUCCUCCAGCAGUUUCCAAAUGGCUCACUCGUGUUGUUUUAUCAUGCCCGAAUAGAGCUGCUGAAAGGGAAUCUUGAAGAGGCACAAGAAGUAUUUCGAAAAUGUGUUUCAGUUCAAGAAGAAUGGAAACAGUUUCACCAUCUCUGCUACUGGGAGCUAAUGUGGAUUAAUGUUUUCCAACAAAACUGGAUGCAGGCAUAUUACUAUUCAGAUCUGCUUUGCAAAGAGAGUAAAUGGUCCAAGGCAACUUAUGUGUUCUUGAAAGCGGCAAUUUUGAGUAUGCUUCCAGAGGAGGAUGUAGUAGCAACUAAUGAGAAUGUGGUAACUUUAUUCAGACAGGUGGACAGCUUGAAGCAGAGAAUUGCCGGGAAAUCUCUCCCUACUGAGAAGUUUGCUGUGAGGAAGGCUCGGCGUUACUCCGCCUCCUUGCCUGCACCUGUGAAGCUCAUCUUACCUGCCCUGGAAAUGAUGUAUGUCUGGAAUGGUUUUUCAAUAGUGAGCAAAAGAAAAGACCUUUCUGAAAAUCUGUUGGUAACUGUUGAAAAAGCUGAGGCAGCUUUACAAAGUCAAAAUUUUCACAGCUUCUCUGUGGAUGACGAGUGCUUAGUGAAAUUACUUAAAGGAUGUUGCCUCAAGAACUUACAGCGGCCCUUGCAAGCUGAACUAUGUUACAAUCAUGUUGUGGAAAGUGAAAAGCUACUGAAGUAUGACCACUACCUAGUGCCGUUCACUUUGUUUGAAUUGGCAUCUUUGUAUAAAAGCCAGGGGGAAAUCGACAAGGCCAUAAAGUUCCUAGAAACUGCAAGGAACAACUACAAAGAUUACUCCUUGGAGUCCAGACUACACUUCAGAAUUCAGGCAGCUCUUCACCUCUGGAGAAAACCUUCCUCAGAUUGAUCAGAACUUGAAGGAUGGAAUUUUCCCUCAAUUAGCAUCGGCAGUCUGCUAUAGAUUCAACCUUAUGUUAAAGUGGAAAAGUGAUAUUGUGAAUAAGAGACAAAAAACUAAUUUUAUUGUCAAUAUUUUCUAUCAUCUGAGAGAUUUGCUGUUGGUCUACAUAAUUUUUUUUCCUAUGGAAUGGCAUUCUAUAUUAUCUAGACAAUUCUUAUAUUUUGCCUCCCCCAAAAGAAUUUCAUAUUAGAUUUGAAUUGGGGGGUGAAGAAGUCUUUUGAAAGACUUGCAGAUGCAAUAGUCUAAUUAGAUUAUUUAUUUUUUUAAUGUGGAAAUUGAUAUUGUUUAGCAAAUAGCUUACAAGUUGAGCCAAUUUUAGAUUUGUGGGUAAACUUUUGAGAUAUUUUGUUGCCUAGUAUUUAAAUUUCAGAAGAUAAAUAAAUAUCACUUACAUUUAAAAUAACUUAGCAGUGACCUUCAGAAGACUUCUGAAAAAGACAGUCUGAGAACAUGAACACGGAUGGGAUGUAAUGUACUUCGUGGGUUGAAGAGACCUGUAUCUAUAAAGGAUGAUCCAGUAUUCAGUUAAUGGUUUUUUACUCUGAUUAAAGGUGGUGACAUUUUGGAGAGACUGAUUUUGAAUGUACUUAAGUCUAUUCUAAUAACAAAAUUCAAAAACCCCUGUGUAUCUAAUGGGAAGAAAGUGUCAUAUUUUAGGAAUUUUUCUUAACCUUAGCAAUGAGAGCCUGAAAUACAUACAUAGAUUAUUUUUCUUCUAGGAAGUAAAGUUCCUGCUGCUUUAAAUGAUAUGUAAAAUAUCAAUAAUUUUUACACUUAAGAUGUUGGUAAGACCUAGUUUUCUAAUCUCUCCAGCACUGUGAUGUUUCCUUGUAGAUAUCUGGACCUUGCUUAGUCCCUUAGUUGGGAAACAGAAUCAGGGCAUGGAGCAGAAGAGAACUUGACACCCCGUAUGGUCCUGAUUCUGCUACCCGUUAGCGGUUAGUGAGGGGACCUUUAGGGAGUCUGCCGUGCCCUGUGUGUCACCAUAUUUUCUUCUUCUGUGAAAUCUGGAUUAAAGAACAGACGACUUUUCAAGGUCUCUUUCAGUUUUGUAACUGUGAGUCUAUGUAUUAGGUAUUUAUUUUCAACAAAUGACUUUAAAAUGUUGCAUGCAAACCAUUCCCACUUGGAGUGUUUUAUUUUUCAGUCAUCACCAUUGUCCCCCAUUCCCCACACGUAUGUGUUGUGGCAUCCAGAGUGAGGAAAGACGGUUCAUGAGUCGAUGAAUCUGGGCCUUAUUUCUGUUUCCAUUUUGAGGAGUAACUUGUCACAGAAGCCUCUGCAGUUGAACAGAAGGAGCCACAUAUUGGGAGUCAGGAGUUCAUCUCUGUGGGUUAAUAGUUCCAUGACACGGAGUAAGUAGCUCAGCUUUUCGUGGUUCAGUUGCCCCAGUGUGGAUAGCGGCAUAGUGUUUGGUACUUGUGAGGGCUUAAUUAGAUAAAACAUGUGAUAGCUUUUUGUUAACUGUAAAAGGCUAUACAAAAGUAUGAGUUAUUAUAAUAAUUAUGGUUUUUUAUGCCCAGAUUACAGUAUCGGCACAAAAGUAUUGGCUGAUAUUGUGGUCUGUGUUGU